AUGGGCGACCUCAGCAAUGGGAGUGCCAGUGGCGAUGGCUUCAGUGCCGACAGCACAGCCCCUACCCCGGAGCCCAUUGCUAUAGUGGGUAUGUCUAUGCGGCUUCCUGGCGGCAUUCACACAGAAGAAGCUUUUUGGGACCUGUUGGUGAACAAGGAAACCACCAGAGGUCCUAUUCCACCUUCGAGGUACAACUCUGACGGCUUCUACACCAAGGCCGGUCGGCCUGGAAGCAUCAAUGUACGCCAUGGACACUUUCUCGCGGAAGAAGAUGGCAUCGAUUUCCUGGACACAUCAUUUUUCAACAUCAGCAAAGCUGAAGUCGAGAAACUGGAUCCCCAGCAGCGCCUUCUGUUGGAGGUGGUCUGGGAGUGCGUCGAAAGCGCAGGUCAAACAGGCUGGCGGGGAAGUAAUACCGGCGUCUUUGUCGGUGCCUGGGGCUACGACUGGGUAGACUUUCUUGCCAAAGAUCCACAACAAGUCGGCGGGAUUCUCAAUGUGACUGGUUCGCAUGACUAUGCCAUUGCAAAUCGACUAUCGUAUGAGUACGAUCUGCAUGGCCCUAGCAUGACCAUCAAAACGGCAUGCUCCUCCUCAAUGAUAUCUCUGCACCAGGCGGUACAGGCUCUUCGCAGUGGCGAGUGCGAUGCUGCGAUUGUUGCUGGGACGAAUGUGAUUGUUACGCCCACCCAAACAAUCGAACAAACAGAAGCCGGGGUGCUAUCUCCCACAGGCGAGUGUCGCACUUUUGAUGCCACGGCAAAUGGGUACGGACGAGGAGAGGCUAUCAACGCGCUCCUUUUGAAGAAGCUCAGCGUGGCCAGGAAUGACAAUGAUACUAUCCGAGCCGUUAUCCGGGGAACUGCCGUCAACUCUGACGGUCGAAGUCCAGGUCUCACGACACCAAAUCCAAAGGCUCACGUCCGCCUAAUUAGGCAGGCUUAUCGAGCUGCAGGCUUGCCCGAUCCUUCUGAGACACCAUAUGUGGAGGUCCAUGGAACAGGUACUAAGACCGGUGACCCUCUUGAACUUGAAGCCAUUGCCCAUGUUUUUGGCGACAUGAAAGAUACUUAUGUGGGCGGAGUCAAAGCAAACGUUGGUCACAGUGAGAGUGCUUCCGGGAUCACUAGCAUCAUCAAAGCAGUCCUAGCACUCGAGAAGGGAGUCGUUCCUCCGCAGGCCAAUUUUUCAACGCCAAACCCGAAAAUACCGUUUGAGGCGGCUCGAUUGAUUGUGCCUCUUCAACCGACACCAUGGCCAGAAGGGCGUCCAAAGCGAGUCAGCAUCAACUCGUUCGGCAUUACAGGCGCCAAUGCUCAUGCUGUGAUUGAGUCUGCUGCUACAGGUGUACAUGCUGCUGAUGUCAAUGGCAAUGGACAGGAUGAUCAAGACAAGUCUGAGCUCCUGUUGUUGUCGGCAGCCAACCCUCAAUCUCUGAACGAACGAUGUGCGCAAAUGCAACUGUACGCUGGUCAACAUCCAGAGAGGCUGCCACAGCUUGCGUAUACCCUCGCUUGUCGGCGUGAUCAUCUCCCUUAUCGAGCAUAUGGCAUCGCCAACAAGCUCAAGUCAGUCGAGUUCAACAUUGGUGAGAAAGUCAGGCACACCCCUAGCCUGACUUUCGUCUUUACAGGCCAGGGUGCCCAAUGGCCGGGUAUGGUUAAAGAACUCGUCGAAACCUUUCCAACCUAUCGGGAAGACAUUGUAACUCUGGCGGACUCUUUGGGAAGAUUGCCGCAUCCGCCAUCAUGGAAUCUGUUAGAGGAGCUUCUGAAGGAAGAUGUCAAAAGUAAUGUUCACAAGGCUGAGUUCUCACAACCAUUGUGCACGGCCAUUCAAAUCGCCCUUGUCAAUCUUCUGAGACGGCUUAACAUUACACCCUCAGCCGUGGUUGGCCAUUCCAGCGGAGAGAUUGGAGCAGCCUAUGCAGCAGGCGUCCUCAGCAGUGAAGAGGCAAUCACAAUCGCCUACUACCGAGGUGUGACCACCACAAUGUCAACAAGAAGAGGUGCAAUGGCUGCGGUGGGCCUCAGCCAAGCUGAAGCGAGGCUAUACCUCGAAAAUGAAGUUUUGAUAGCUUGUGAUAACAGUCCUCAGAGCGUCACGCUUUCUGGAGAUGACAAAGGGAUUGACCGAACAAUUGAGCAAAUCAAGCUCGACGAUCCAAACGUUUUUGCACGACGCCUUAAGACAGAUGGGAUGGCAUAUCAUUCUCAUUACAUGACGGAGAUAGGACCACAGUAUGAGCAAUUCUUACAACCAUGCAUCAAGCCAAAAUCGCCGGCGACCAGGUUUUUCUCCACUGUCACGGGCGAUAUUAUGGAAGAGUGUACUAUGUGCCCGAAAUACUGGAGACAGAACCUUGAAUCGCCAGUUCAAUUCUAUUCUGCCAUUAGGAACAUUAUAGCAAAAGGAAAGUCAGAUCAACUGUUCUUGGAAAUUGGACCACACUCGGCGAUGGCAGGACCUCUGAGGCAGAUCUUCAAGACCUCCUCCUCGAAAUCUCGGUUGGGAUACGUCUCGUCGCUGGUCCGGGGCAAGAAUGCCAUAGAAUGCAUACAAGAUAUGUGCGGCCAGCUGUAUCUCCACGGAAUACCGCUGUCUUUCGCGCCGCUUAUGGGAACAUCUCGCCCGUUGACUGACCUUCCUCUCUAUCCGUGGCGGCACAAUACCUCUCAUUGGUCUGAGACCAGAGCAGUGAGAGAUUGGAGACUGAGGAAAUUUCCUCCCCAUGAACUGCUUGGUUCUCGGGUCCUGGAGGGCAACGACCUCGAUCCAGUCUGGCGGAAUAUGCUCCAUCUUAAAGACACCCACUGGCUUACUGGACACAAGGUAUACAACGACGUUAUCUUUCCUUGUGCUGGCUACAUUGCAAUGGCAGGGGAGGCAAUACGGCAGGUUAGCGGCAGUGAAGGCUUUAAUAUUCGCCAUCUUCGAGUCAAGACAGCAAUGGUCCUGCAUGACGAUCCUGUUGAGGUCAUGACGUGCCUGAAAAGAUCAAAAGACCCCGAAGAGCCCGACACGUCUUGGUACGAGCUUACCAUCAUCUCGCACAAUGGCAGCGUUUGGGCAGAACAUUGUGUUGGGGAAGUGAGGGCAGGUGAAUCUAGCUUCUCGAUGAGUACACGGCUGAAAACAGACCGUGAGCUGCCGAGGAAGGUCAAGUCAGUCUACAGUUCCUUCCAGUCCAUUGGAUUAAAUUAUGACGGCGCAUUUCAAGGCCUUGAUAAGGUUUCCACAAUGCCUGGGCAAAGGAUGGCCGUCGCUUCGUUGAAAGCUCAAGCUGAGGCUGAUUCAACCUAUGCGCUGCAUCCGUCCACGAUCGACCAUUGCCUACAGCUACUGGGCAUGGCUGCCUGCGAAGGCCUGUCAAGACGCCUAGAACGCAUCCCUCUUCCGACAUUCGUCGAAGAGAUAUCUAUACAGCCGGCUCGCGGGCAGCAUGGCCUCAAAGCUGGUGCUGUUGCCAAUAAGGUCAGCAAUCACGGUGAUAUUGAAGGUGAGAUGAUCAUUACGGAAGGACCCACUGUCGUUCUGGACAUGAAAGGGUGCAAACUCUCGGCUUUUGAGGACAGGUCGACCUCUACUCUAGAUGAUCCUAUAGCGGCUGCUCGUCUCAGCUGGCGUCCGCACCUUGAUUUUGUCCCUUUGGAAACGUUGAUGGUGUCACACGACAAGGACCCCAAGGAUAUCAGAAUCAUGGAAGAAUACAGCCUCCUCUGUACAGCAGAAAUUCUGGAGAGAAUAGAAGAUACAAAGGCUUGUGCCUACCAUUUCGCCAAAUUCCGAAAAUGGAUGACCGAACAUGUCUCUGCGGGUAGGUUGGGUCAGAAUAAGAUUGUCACCAACAGCAAAGAGCUACUGGAACUAGAUCAGCAGCAACGCGUGGAGCGACUGGGUGAACUCCGACGAGAGCUUGAGGAUUCACGCUUUGUUCAUGUCGCAGAGCUCACAACCCGGCUUCUCGACAACUGCGUUGGGAUAUUCGAUGGCACGACCGAGGUGCUCGAGGUAUACCUCAAGGACGAUGCACUUACUAAGCUCUAUGGCUUUACGGGUGACAGGAUUGAUGCAUCUGAAUUUUUUCUGAGUGCUGGCCAUACCAACCCGACUCUAAGAGUCCUUGAAAUAGGCGCUGGAACUGGUGGAACUACUCUUAUUGCCUUGAAUGCACUUACCUCCAUCAAUAAUGAGCCGAUGUACUCGCGUUACACGUUCACAGACAUCUCGUCCGGCUUUUUCAGCGCCGCCAGAGAUAGAUUCGUCAAAUUCCCCGGGAUCGAAUUCCGCACGUUGGACAUCACCAAAGAUCCGGCAGAUCAGGGCUUUGAACUCGGGAGCUAUGAUCUGAUUAUCGCCUCCAAUGUCAUCCAUGCGACUGAAAGGCUCAAUGUGACACUCAAAAAUGUUCGGAGGCUGCUCAGUCCUCAGGGGCGGUUCUUCCUUCAAGAACUUACGCCGGCAGCUGCAAAGAUGGUGAACAUCAUCAUGGGCCCUCUAUCAGGGUGGUGGCUAGGAGAAGCGGACGGCCGCGUGAACGAGCCAAUUGUCGCUGUGGAGCGAUGGGCUGCCGAACUUCAAGCAGCCGGUUUCGCAGGCCUUGAAUGUGUGGUCCGUGACGAUCCACGGCAUGAGACUUCCAUUGGGGCAAAUAUGAUUGCCAAACCCGCCGUCAACGCGCCAGAGUACAAAUCAGUCACCAUCCUUAUCAGGCCUGACCAAGCGAACAAUGAAAUGCUGCAAAUAUUUUCAAGAACACUUGCCAACCAGGGGUAUUUCAUCGAUGUUUGCAGUCUAGGGACAGCUCUUCCGCCAUAUCAGGACAUCAUUUCACUAGUUGAAAUCGACAGGCCUUUCUUCAACCAAGUUACAGCCACAGAUCUUGCAUCCUUUCAGACCUGCAUCUCCGAGAUGACUUCUUCUCGAAUGCUCUGGGUCAUGGGACCGGCUCAGCUGAAGCCAAGCAAUGCACGCUUUGGCCUCACACUAGGCGUCGUCCGCUGUAUACGUGCUGAACUGUCUACUCAGGUGGCCACACUCGAGGUUGACAAACUCGACGGGAUUGUCAGCCAGACGAUCCUGAAAGUGUAUGAAACUUUCUCAAACACGACAUCGAUAUCUGCGACCAAUCCGGAGCUCGAAUACAUCAUGGUCGAUGGAGUCGUCCAUGUUGGGCGUUUUCACUGGACAAAUGUGUCCAAGGAGCUGGAGGAAUCACAAGACACUACACGUCUUCCCAUCAAGUUGGAGACCACAACUUCUAACACAAAGUCGUCAGCUGGCACUGCUAUGAAAUGGACCACUCAGCCCCAGAUCAAACUCGAGUCGGAUGAGGUGGCAGUCCGUCCUAAAUAUAUUGGACUGAGCUCCAUGGACUUUCCUGGCUUCGAAGAUGGUGCAGCUCAUGACUACUGUGGAGAAAUCAUCGGAGUGGCUGCAGAAGCAGCAGCAGAUGGACCGAGAGUGCGCGACACGGUCAUGAGCAUAGGUUCUCAUGGCAUCUGCACAAUCUUCAAGACCAAAUUGAGAAAUGUCGUCAAAGUGCCCGAGAACCUUGAUUUGGUCGAUGCAGCUUCCUUAUCACUUGCUUAUGCCAUAUCUCUCUAUAGUUUGCGGGAAGUGGCGAAGCUGCAAACGGUACUUAUCACAAGUGCCGUUUCUGAUAUUGGCUUAGCAGCAAUCACGGUUUGCCGACAAAACGGUGUCGAGCCUUAUUGCUCUGUGAGAAGCCAGGAACAGGCGGACUUCCUUGUGAAUCAAGUGUGCAUACCUCGAGAUGCAGUCACGACACAUCAUCAUCACACCACAAUACUCGACAGUCUGGCGCAAAGGAAUGGAAAGGUGGGCUUCGACAUAGUGUUAAAUAUUGUGUCCCAAGACCUCGAGGAGUCGAGUAAGUGUGUUGCGACCUGGGGCAAGUUGAUCAAUGUGGGCCGCCAUCCCACAACAACAGCUUUUGAUAUUGCUCAGUUCGCAACGAACAGAAUGUUCUUUGGUGUCGAUAUGGCGCAAGUGGAAGACCUUUACCCGGAGCUAUUGCAAGAAGUCGUCGCCCGUUAUCAGUAUAAUCAAAUCUGGCCCCUCGAAGCAACUCAGGUUCUUGAGGCGGAGAAUCUUCUCGGCGAACUGGCGCCGCUUCAAAACAACCCAGUCACGAUAGGGAAGCUCCUGGUCAAGUUGCCAUCAGAUCCAAGUUCCUUACCCAGAGAACCCACAGCGCCCGUUCUUCAAUUCCGCGGCAAUGCUACGUACAUCAUCGCCGGAGGCCUAGGUGGACUAGGACGCGCCCUCUCAACAUGUAUGGUUGAGCACGGUGCCCGACACAUCACAUACCUCUCUCGCUCUGCGGGUACAGCUCCUGACCAUGCCGCGUUCUUCCGCGAACUCAAAGCUCAAGACUGCACUGCACACGCAAUUCCCUGUGAUAUCUCUUGUCUAAACUCCGUUCGGGCGGCAAUCGAGCAAAUUGACUGUAAUCUGCCUAUUGCCGGUGUAUUACAAAUGGCCAUGACGCUCCAAGACUGCCCCUUUCUUAACAUGAGCCAUGACGAUUGGAUGGCGGCCAUCAAGCCUAAAGUCGAUGGGACAUGGAACCUCCAUUCCGCAUUGUUCGAAACAGCAGCGCCGCUCGACUUCUUCGUCAUGCUCGGAUCCAUCUCAGGAACAUUCGGAAUCCCCGGGCAGGCGAACUACGCAGCCGGCAACACCUUCCAAGACGCAUUUGUCCAGUAUCGCCAGUCACUGGGCCUCCCUGCAUCGGUGCUCAAUAUUGGCGCCAUGGCCGAUGUUGGGUAUGUCAGUGAAAACAGGGAUGUGCAGGAAUAUUUUCAGGCUGCGGGCAUGCCGUUCAUGACUGAGAAGCAGCUUUUUGAUGCGUUGCACUUGUCGAUUUUGCAGCAAUAUACUGCUGACCCUACUGCUGCUCCCACGAGCAACAAGGUCCACUGCGGUGCGGAUCCGGGAUUCACCUCACGAAGCCAGCUCACAUUGGGUCUCCGGGCAACGAAACCAAUGACCGACCCUUCGAAUCGCGUUCUCUGGAAACGAGACCGCAAGGCUGACAUUUAUCGAAAUAUCCAGGCUGCUGCUUUGUCAAAGAGUAAUCGCAUAACAACAGCGGAGGAUAAGCGAGAAGAAGAAAAGUUGGCCUCUUUCAUGGCUUCGCUCCGCACGGCUACUGAGACUGAUCGCGAAUCCAUCCUGCACAGUCCGGAUACGUUGAAGCUUCUGGCAAGGGAAAUUGGUGCUUUUAUUCAUGAGUCCAUGUUGAAAUCUGUCGAUGAUGAUGCUGACGACGAUGAACAUUUGGGUCUCGAUAGAAUCUUGUCGCUUUGGGAGUUGAUAGUCUGGUCACGGUCGAGGUACGUACUUGGUUGA